CGGACGCCAAGAUAGACCGCUGCCGCCGAAUUUAAAGAGACAGUCGAUAGUUAUUUUAAUACGAUAAACGGCAACCAUUGUCCCUUAGCUUAUUUCCCGACGCUUCUUGCCUGAGCUUGUUUAAUUCGAUGGUGAUGUUUAGUCAAAGUCGCGGCGAGUAGCAGCUUGUCUGUCAUCACCCUCCACUCUACUGGAUUUUCCGUCCGUUUGCGCUGUGCCGAGACUGUCCAGCUAGGCAAAGUAGGGUUGCUUGCUGGCAGGCUGGCUUCCCGACCGAGAGGAAGGUUUGUCGGCUAGCCAACAACUGGAGGUAACACCGAAGCUUCCCUCUCAAGUUGUGGUAGUGGCUCUCAAGCCUCCUGUCGCCGGGAUAAUGGCGAAGAUUCAGGCACACAGCACGGCGAAGCAGAUAAACCAAAUUCAAGACAAGCCUUACGUUAUAACACAAAAGCAAGUGCAGCAGCAGCACUUCCAGAAGCUGAAGGUCGAAGAUGCCUUGUCAUAUCUGGACCAAGUCAAAAUUCGUUUUGCAGGUGAUCCUGGCAUAUACAACAAGUUCCUGGACAUCAUGAAAGAGUUCAAGUCGCAGAGCAUCGACACACCGGGGGUGAUAAACCGCGUGUCACAACUCUUCCAUGGACACCCAGACCUAGUCUUGGGCUUCAAUGCCUUCCUACCACCGGGGUAUCGGAUAGAGGUCCCCAAGAAUGGGGUAGCUACCCUCCAGUCUCCGUUCUCCGCACAGGUAUCCCCAGGCCACCAGGGGAAGAGUCUCACCACCUCUGUAGUGACCACGACCUCAGGUAGUGCCUCUGCCACCCAAAUUGAAGCUGGACCUGCCCAGACCACUGAAGUCAAAGCGGCCUCAUCAGAGCCUCCAUCCUCCUCAACCCCAGCAGGACCUCCAGAGCCUCCCAGCAGGCUUUCUCUUCCCCUGGCUAGCAGAGAGAGCCAGAAUCAGGCGACCACCUCCUCUGUAUCCCCACCUGCCUCAGAGACGAGCCCCGUAGAGUUUGACAGUGCCAUCAGCUACGUAAACAAGAUCAAAAACCGUUUCCUGGACCACCCAGAAAUCUACAGAGCCUUCCUAGAGAUUCUUCACACGUAUCAGAAGGAGCAACUGGAAGUGAAGGAGAGUCGAGGCAGCCGAGGCAGCAGUGGGAUGACAGAAGAUGAGGUGUUUUCUAAAGUUGCCAGUCUUUUCAAGGGGCAAGAAGACCUGCUGGCCGAGUUUGGACAAUUCUUACCUGAUGCUAAGAGAUCAUUGUUCACAGGGAGCUCACUGACAGGAGGGAAAGACACGCUGAAAAGGCCGGAGGAAGAGGACACGAUAACCAAACAGAACAAAAAGAGGCCCAGGCCCAUCCUACUGCAGCACAUGUCCCCACUGCUCAAGAAAAAAAUGAAGUAUUCCUGUACCAAAGAUCAGUCCUUUGCCUCAGUUGGCAAACAUGGAGUCUUAAGAGAGUUCUCCUUCUUUGAUAAGGUUCGUCGCCUGUUUAAAAGCCAGGAAGUGUAUGAGAACUUCCUGCGCUGCAUCGCCUUGUUUAACCAGGAAGUAGUUUCGGGAGCGGAGCUGCUACAACUAGUCACUCCUUUCCUGGGGAAGUUUCCUGAACUGUACACACAGUUCAAGUCAUUUCUGGGGGACAAAGAGCUCUCUCAUGCUGUGUCAGGGCUGUCGGAUCGCUACAUGGAGGGGGGAGGGGGCCGAGAGGUGGAUUAUGCCUCCUGCAAGCGUCUGGGGUCCAGCUACAGAGCACUGCCCAAGACCUACCAGCAGCCUAAAUGCAGCGGACGCACUGCCCUAUGCAAGGAGGUGUUGAACGACACCUGGGUGUCAUUCCCCUCUUGGUCAGAGGACUCCACCUUCGUCAGCUCAAAGAAGACUCCCUAUGAGGAACAGCUGCAUCGCUGCGAGGAUGAAAGAUUUGAGUUGGAUGUGGUUCUGGAGACAAACCUGGCCACCAUCAGGGUGCUAGAGAGUGUCCAGAAGAAACUCUCCCGUCUUUCACCCGAGGACCAGGACCGUUUCAGAUUAGACGACUGCCUGGGUGGCACCUCUGAGGUCAUCCAACGCCGUGCUGUGUAUCGUAUCUAUGGUGACAAAGCCCCUGAGAUCAUUGAGGGACUGAAGAGGAGUCCUGCUACCGCUGUGCCUGUGGUGCUCAAGAGGUUGAAAGCCAAGGAGGAGGAGUGGCGAGAGGCCCAACAGGGUUUCAAUAAGAUCUGGAGGGAACAGUAUGAGAAGGCUUAUCUGAAGUCCCUCGACCACCAAGGAGUCAACUUCAAACAGAAUGACAUGAAGGCCCUGCGGUCCAAGAGUCUUCUCAAUGAGAUUGAGAGCGUCUAUGAUGAGCGUCAGGAGCAGAGCACUGAAGAGGGUGGAGUUGGCCAGCAGAGCCGCAACGGCUCCGGUUCAGCCACCACCAGCGAGCCUCACAUGGUGUUUACAUAUGAGGACAAACAGAUCCUGGAGGACGCUGCCUCGCUCAUCAUUUACCACGUGAAACGUCAGCCCACCAUCCACAAAGAUGACAAGGACCACAUCAAGCGCAUCAUCCAGCACUUUGUCCCGGACCUGUUCUUCUCCCGCCGCGGCGAGCUCAGUGAUACUGAAGACUGGACAGAUGAGGAGGCUGAGCCUGAGGAGGGGGCAGAGAGGGGAGGAGGAGGUGGAUCGUCAGCAGCAACAGGAGGAGGAGGAAAUGGUAAUUCUAAUAAUGCAUCAGGAGCAGCCGCAGCCACAGGUAUUCAGUCUCAACCCCAACCUGCGCAAUCACAGUCCCAGGCCCAGUCCCAACCCCAGCAGCAGCUCAACGGGGAGUCCAGGCGGAGGCGCUGCAGCCCAUCCCAACCUGCGGACACGGAGGCCUCCACAACCUCCAGUAGCAUGAGCCAGCCUGCAGGAACUGCCUCAUCCACUCCUGGAUCUACACCUAUGGAGACGGGUUCAGGUGCAGCCGGCGAGAAGGUGGACCUGCGUGACCCUGAAGCAGAGCACCAGAAGGACCUGGACGGUGUCUACAACCUUUUCUUCGUCAACAACAACUGGUAUUUCUUCCUGCGGCUGCACCAGACCCUGUGUUCGCGGCUGCUGCGGGUCUACCGACAGGCAGAGCGUCAGCUGCUGGAGCACCGAGCUGAGCAGAGCAGGGAGAGGCUGCUAAUGGCGGAAGGAAGGAGAGAAAAAGCAUGUGACCUCGCCAUGGAGCUCCGCCUCAAACAGCCCAGUGAGGUGGAGUUAGAGGAGUACUACCCAGCCUUCCUGGAUAUGGUGCGCAGCCUGCUGGAUGGCAACCUGGACUCUACGCAGUAUGAAGACACACUGAGAGAGAUGUUCACCAUCCAUGCCUACAUCGGCUUCACCAUUGACAAGGUCAUCCACAACAUCAUUCGGCAGCUGCAGCACCUUGUGAGCGACGAGGUGUGCCUGCAGGUGGUUGAUCUUUACCUGGCUGAGAGAAAGAGGGGGGCAGCAGGGGGAAACCUGUCCUCGCAGUGUGUCAGAGCAGCUUGGGAGACGAGCUACCAGUGGAAAGCUGAGAGGGUCAUGGCCGAGGAGAAUUGCUUCAAGGUGAUGUUUAUCCAAAACAAGGGUCAUGUGACGAUGACCAUCGAACUGCUGGACACUGAGGAGGCCCAGGCUGAUGACCCGUUAGAUGUACAGUGCCUGUCGAGCUACAUGGAGCAGUUUGUAGGAACGGAGUCCAGUCUGUGUUCUCAAGCAGAGGGCUACUUCUUCAAACCUGUAUUUCUGCCCAGGAACCUGCGUCGUUUCCGCCGCUGGCAGGUGCGGCAGGUGGAGGCGAUGCGCUGCAGGAGAGAGUGGCACCGCCAGCUGGGUGUCGAGAACGCCGGGAGUCUGGACUGUCGAUUUAAACUGAACACUCACAAGAUGGUGUUUGUCAUGAACUCUGAGGAUUACAUGUACCGCAGAGGAGCGCUGGUCAAGGCCAGGAAGUCGCAGCACAGAGUGGCAGCGAGCCAGCACGAACGCUUUGACAAGUGGCACCAGGGCUGGCUGGCCAAUCACGUCACGGCCCCGGCCGAACGCUCAGUGCAGAACUGGCUAAUGGGCGAGGAGGAGGAGGACAUGAUCCCCUGCAAGACGACCUGCCUUUCGACCGAGGUGAAAGGGCAAACGGUGAACAGAUACCAGGUUCAUUACAGCAGUAGCAAAGCCCCAGCCUCACCGUAGAGGCCCGCAUAGAGAUGGACAUACAGCACGCACACACACACACACACACACACACACAGGUAAAUGCAUGGACGUACAGGACAUUCAUACACUAAACACAGACACAAACAGCUGCAGUCCCACUUCUCCACCUUCCUCCACGACAUGUUCACUCAUUCACUUCCACUCAUGGAUGAAGAAACUGGCAGAAACACAGUGCAGACUCUGGACUGUUUACACCAGUGCACAGUGAGUCAGUGAAUGAGUGCACAGUGAGUGAUGAUGUGGAGAAAAAGGACCAACACAGACAGUGAAGUAAUCCAUGAGAGUGAACUCGGCACGAUUGAUGGGACGAGUUGGACACAACGGCACAAAUGGAGCAUCAUCAUCCUCAUUAUUCUAGCUUCUCUGCUGGCACUAAAAGUUGAUAAGACUGAUGGACAGAGAUGGUUGAUCAGGUGAGAAGUUAUAAGAUCAUGGAAUUUGUUUCAGAAAUGUGAAUGUCUGUUUCUUUUUCUUUUUUAAGUCAAGUGUAGUUUUUAGCUUCUAAAGCCAGAGAGCCUUCUGUUUGUUGGUUGGUUGGUUGGUUUAUGCGUGUUUAUAUGGAGAGAUAAUGGUAAAAUGUGUGUAUGUAUGUGUAUCCUGCUCUCUUCAUUUUGUCUGUUUGUAUGCCCAGUACAGGCUCUACAACUCUAGUAAUUGCAUUAUUACUGUAUGUGCAUAUAUACAACAGGGACCCUGUAUUUUUAUAUAUGCAUCUACACGAGUUGAUGGAUACAUCUUAAGUUCACGUGGUUCUUUACAGUGUUUGCUGUCAGCCAACUCUUGAUGUUUGCCUUUUGUUUUUUUUGUAUUUUUUCCCCUUUUUGUGUUGUAGCUAAACAAGAUAUCACCAGGGCAACAAGGAGUCCUUAAAAUUAAUUGGUUUAAUAUGGAUGAAGCAGUCAAAUUAUGUAUCAUAUUCAUGAUACUAAAUGUUUACUUUGUAUUGUCUUUUUUUUGCAUACUGACAUUGAAAAUAAAAGCAAAAUAUCAGUGUUAAAAUAGAAUGUAUAACAUUUAUCCUGUAUCAGUUAUCACAAAAUAAACAACCUAGUUGUGACCUUCUUA